GGACAUAAAUUCAGGUCAUGCUUUGCUAGCUCAAGUGAAAUGUAAAACAGGAGGCAGGCAGCAGGUGAAGCGUGAACCACAGGCGGGCUGCGAUAACGCCCGGCCAGCGGGAAGCCGUCAGACACUUCUCCCACUUGGCCGCUAUUAAGUCGACGCUCAAAUAUCCAGCGGGCUGCAGUCAGAGGAGCAGAGCUGCGCGUCUCACUUUCACUUCAUGGCUCAGCGCGCCGCUCAUCCUGUCGUCCCCAUCGCGCUGCUGGUGCUCGGACUUGUUGCCAUCCUGCUCCUGACUGUCCCCACCGAAGACGUCCAGGAGGCUCCGGGGUUCAUGUAUGGGAUUGUUCUGGAUGCUGGAUCUUCACACACAGCUUUGUAUAUAUACAAGUGGCAGGCUGACAAGCAGAAUGGCACAGGUGUGGUCACCCAGCACACUGAAUGUCACAUUAAGGGGGGAGGAAUAUCCAGCUAUGCGGGCCAACCAGGAUCAGCGGGGCAGAGCCUCGAGGCUUGUCUCAAUCAGGCAGUAAAAGACAUCCCCAAAGAAAGACACCGGUCUACACCUGUGUACCUGGGAGCUACAGCCGGCAUGAGGCUUCUGCACAUGUCCAGCCGGGAGCAGUCGGACCAGAUACUGCAGGAGGUUGGCAACAAAAUCCAGUCCUACCCUUUCAGCUACCAGGGGGCGGCCAUACUGAGCGGUAAAGAGGAGGGGGCGUACGGCUGGGUCACCGUCAACUAUCUGUUAGAGAACUUCAUAAAGUAUGGUUUUGUGGGGCACUGGCUCAGCCCCGGCAGACCCACAGUUGGAGCGCUCGAUUUCGGCGGGGCGUCUACCCAGAUCACAUUUGCCACUCGGGAUGAAGUAGAGGACGAACACGACAUGAUGAAGCUGCGUCUUUACGGCCAGGAGUACUCUCUAUACACACACAGCUUCCUGUGCUACGGGAGGGACCAGGUCCUCAAGAGGCUGCUGGCUCAUAUCGUGACGUCCCAGGGUGACUCAGAGUCAGUCACACACCCCUGCUAUCCUGCAGACCACAGUACAUCUGUAAAGCUGGACACUGUAUUCAACUCUCCGUGUACGGCAAAGCACAGACCCAGCUCCUACGAUUCCCAGGCCUCUCUGAAGGUACAGGGCAGCGGACACUAUGAGCACUGCCUGGGCAACAUGUCUGAGAUCUUCUCCUUCGACGGCUGCCCCUUCUCCCAGUGCUCCUUUGAUAAGGUCUUCCAGCCAAAUGUCACCGGCAGCUUUGUGGCGUUCUCUGCAUUCUUCUACACUCACUCCUUCCUGCAGCAAAUCACUGGUAUCUCUGUGAGGACUCCUUCACAGCUGGAGGAGGCGGCCAGGACCGUUUGCAGCAUGACUUUACCUCAAAUGCUGGGUCUUGCUCCAGACCAAAAGUCCCGUUUGCAGGAUUACUGUGCCAUUUCUGUGUUCAUGAAGAUUCUCAUGUUGAGAGGAUACAGCUUUGAUGAGACGUCGUUCCCACGCAUUUCCUUCCAGAAGAAGGCAGGGGACACCUCGGUGGGGUGGGCUCUGGGCUACAUGCUCAGUUUGAGCAAUCUGAUGCCCGCAGAGAUGGCAGGGCACAGGAAGGCCUUGACUCUAGGAGCGUGGGGGACGCUUAUCUUUCUCUUUGUCCUCCUGCUGGCAGCAGUCCUGGUCUUCAUCUUUCUCCGAAUGCGUGACGGGAAGAAGAAAGGAGGCGGUGAAAGCACCAUCUAGAUGCUGCAACAUCAGAAAACAGGAAGACAGUGAUAGAUUUUUGAUGUCUUGACCCUCUACUAUAGUACAUUGGAUCUGAAUUAAAGCUUUAUUUAACAGUGUUUACAUUAUAAUAUGACGACGGUCUAAAGACUGUUUCAAUUUUUAUACAUAUUUUAGGUUAAUAUUUAUUUUAGGUUAAUGUAGCAUUUCAAUUUGAUUGUCCUAUGUAUAUAUGUUGACUUUGUGUGGAGUUAUAUAAACUUAUCCAGUUAAUCUUUGUCUAUCUAAAUUGUAGGACUCUGUAUAAAAAUGUGGAUGCAAGCACUCUUAAAUUAAAGCUUAAAAGUCAGGACUUCAUAGUCUUUUAAAUUUCAAAUCCAAUGUACUGGUUCACAGAGCCAACACAGCAAAAGAUGUGUCACAGUCCAAAUUCUGAGUGCCCUCUCAGUUUAAAACAGCACUCCCAUGGUGGAGUUGGCACUGAAAAGGAGGUCUGAAUGUAAAUGUUAUCCUUGAAAAGUCAAAGCAAAUUUUUAUGGAAUGUAAGAAAUUCCGGGUGUAUUGUUUUGUGUAGAAACUGUGACUGCACUCUGAAGAACUGCUGUAGUAAAAUGAAGCACACUGAUGAUAACCCUCCUCUAAAUAUGCAAGAACCACUGAUUCAAAUGUUUGUUUCACAUGGAAGUUUUUAUUCACAUUUUAGUCAGCCUCGAUUAACUUUGAAUAGUAUGUAAAGUACAGAUGUGAUGCUGUUUGGAUCUCUCUCUUAGGAAAUUGUGAGGCAGACAUGUUGUCACACAGAGAAGGUUAUCAACUCAUUUUGGCAAAAUUGAAUCACUGCACAGCAAAAAAGCAAAAGAGUUUUUAGUCAGUAAGGGCAAAUAAGGGAAAAUAACAGCAUUUGGUCUCUUUCAACAAAGGGUUAUUGGUCAAACCUGACAAACACAGUAUUGUCGUACUACAUUGUACCAUGCAGACAAUUUGCAUCUUAAAAAUGGUAGAUAUAUUCCUAUGUUUAAUAAAUAAAUGCAUAAUAUUUAAGACCUUCUGUAUUGGAUUGAAUUACACAUAACAUAUGUUGCAUGUAUUGUGCCCACCCUCUUUGCAUAACCGGUUGAGUUGAAAGAUGAAAACAACUGAAAAAUAUUUUAAUGAAAAUGUAACAGUAUGGCAGAAUUUACUUGAAAUGGUUCAUCAGAGGUUAUAAACGUUAUAAUUUACAAUUUGGAAGAUAAAGACAUUCCAGUAUGUACCAGGUGUGUUGGGUUUAUUUAGAAUAUUUCAAUUUACUAUUAAAAAAAAUAAAAUAAUAGAAAAAAAAAUAGAAUAAUAGCACAAUUCUAGUGAAAGCUGGUGCAGGUUACAGUCUGUGUCAAUAAAUUGAAGAUAUAUUAUAGAUUUAAUACAUUUUAUACCUUGCAGACAUUUUUAAUGUAAUUAACCACAUCAAAUGCUUUGUUAAUAUGAAGUCAUGUUGUGUGAAUUUUGAAUUAUCAUGGCAUUUCAUUGUUCUCUGUGUGUUCACACUGGA